AUGACGAUGGCCGUUCUAGCAUGUGGAACCAUGGGAACGGCCAUUCUGUCGGGAGUGUUGGACUGUCAGGCCGCUAUGUCUCGCGGUGAGGUAUCGACGGACCUGUCGGCCACAUCACAAGCGGGUGAAACGUUUGAGCGCGUGCCACUUCCGCGAAAGUACAUCGCCACAGUAGGACGCGACUCAACAGCCAAGCGCCUCGUGCGCACGUUUGAAGAAGCCGGUCAUACGAAUGUCGAAGUGUUCAAGCAGAACAAUGUCGAGGCUGUGAGAAAGUCAGACUUGGUACUUCUCUGCACGAAGCCACAGCGUGUGUCGGAGUUUUUGAGUGAGCCAGGAAUGCAAGAAGCGCUCGAAGGCAAGAUGGUCGUCAGCAUUGCCGCAGGCACGACCAUUGCAAAGAUCAAGCAGUGCGUGCCAUCAUCGACGAAGGUGGUGCGUGCGAUGCCCAACACGCCGUGCCGGAUUCGAGAGGGGAUGACGGUCAUUUCUGAUGUAAAGGAGCUUUCACAUGAGCAGCGUGAUCUGCUCGCGACGAUCUUUUCAGCCGUGGGCAGAUGCAACUUUUUGGAUGAAAAGUACUUCGAUGCCGCGACGGCACUUGCUGGUUCCGGUCCCGCAUUCGCUACGCUGUUCCUCGAGGCCAUGGCUGAUGGCGGUGUGAUGAUGGGUCUGCCUCGCGCUGAGGCUCUAGAACUGGCCGCACAGACCAUGCAAGGUGCAGCAAGGAUGGUGCUACAGUCGGGCGCGCAUCCCGCGGUGAUUAAAGAUAGUGUCACGACGCCAGGUGGUUGCACCAUUGCCGGUUUGCUACAAAUGGAAGAUGGCCGCGUCAGGUCGACCAUUGCACGCACGAUCCAGACGGCUGCUGAGCAUGCGGCCGGAUUGGGGAAGCAAAACUAG